UUUCUAAUCGCAAAGCGGCCCCACGCCCCGGCAGCAUUUAAAGACUCUGCAGCUGGGCCGGGCUGUGACAGUUUGGAGCUCAGCUUGAGGUGGCACGACGAACAUCUACAGCCAUUUUUCUAAUCUUUUUCCACCCGGGAAACGUCUCGCGCUUUGAAGCCAAUACUCACUUGCACCGACUGAAACGUCAUUACUCAAGAAAUGUCUCAUACAAAACCAUUGCUCAUCCCGUGGCUGCGGGAACAGAUUAACAGCGGCAGGUAUCCUGGUGUCCACUGGACAAACCCGGAGCGAACAAAGUUCUGCAUUCCAUGGAAACACGCUUUGAGACAGGACUCCUCUGACACUGACAGUCUCAUCUUUAAGGCCUGGGCAGAGGUGAGCGGCAACGGCCGGGCACAUGGAGACCCCUCAGUCUGGAAGAGGAACUUCCGCAGUGCCCUCCGAGCUAAAGGCUUCAAAUUGGUGGACGACAACAAGAAUGAUGCUGCUAACCCCCAUAAAAUCUUUCACUGGCCGGAGGAGUCAGCGUCAAAAGCUAAGUCCAAUGCUGGAUCCCAGGAACAGGAUGACACUGAUUUGUUUGCUGAUUUGGGCUUACCCUCUCAAGAGAGCCAGGUCAUUCCAUGUUUUGAAGAAUGUCUCUUGCUUCCAGAAGACGCUGUGUUUACGGCAGAAUCUGCAGCAAGCCCGGAUAUUCUCCAGGAGUGUCUGAAAGGAAUGAACAUUGGCCCUGAAACAGAGGGCACCGCAGGCUUUGAGCCUCCUCCCGAGCAACAACAGCUGCAGAAUCAGGUUGCGAUUGGUGGACACCCGUUGCCUGGGCAACAGCAGUAUCCAGUAAUGUAUGAGGGUGCAGUUAGUGAAGCUGGGUUGCCUGAGCAACCAGCACAUCCAAUUGGGGGAGCAGAGGGAGGGGCCUAUGAUGAGCAGUUGGCGGCACAGUUCCUACAGACAAUGAACAAGACCAGAGAUGGAGAUAAUUUCAGGACUCAUUUCAGGAUAUCAGUGUACUACAGAGGAGUGAAGGUCUCUGAGCAGGUGGUUGAGAAUGAAGCUGGAGUCCACUUGGUUUAUAGGACUGAUCUCAGUGGGACAGUUUUGGAUCAUAAGACAGGGCUGUCUAUAGUCUCUCUGCCAAGUCCUGGAGCCAUGCUGGAUCAAACCCAAGCCAACCUCACCCAGCGGAUUCUGAACAUGCUGGGUGAUGGCUUGGAAGUCGGGGUGUCGGGCCAAGUGGUCUACGGCCAGCGACGGGGGGAAAGCAAAGCUUUCUGGAGCUUCUCCAAAUAUGACCAGACCAGACAGCCCCGAGAGAUUUCCAAACUGCAUCCUCAGCCCCUUUACAUGUUCAGGGAUUUUGUUCGAGGAAUAAAGGACUUCAUUGAGGAGAAAGCGUCAGAGUGCCCUCCCUGCUCCCUGUUCUUCUGUAUUGGAGAGAAGUGGCCUGACCUAGACAACAGGCCUUGGGAGAGAAAACUCAUCAUGGUGGAGGUGGUCCUGAUUUCGAUGGAGCUACUGAAGAAUAUUGCUGUUGAAAACGGCGCCUCCUCCCUGAAGUCCGUGGAGCUGCAGAUGUCCCUCGAAGAGAUGAUGAUGGAGUCCUGAGACUUGGAAGCAGUCACUGUUUACCCAUUCAAGAUCUUCAGUCUUAAUAUCUUAAAACAUCUCAGUUCUGCACCAAAAAGAUUAUAUCAUGUGAUGAUGGUUCAUAAUUACACUGGUGACUUAUUAGCUGGUACUUCACAGGGGAUCAAAUGGUGCAACUUGUACCCUCUUGGAUUCAAGUAUGCACUUAUUUUUUAGUCACAGGAACACAGUCAGGAAUUAUUUGAUAGGAUCUUUGGUGCUAAUCUAACUGAAAAUCUACAUUCGGUGCACUCCUCUCUCUCAGCUUUGUUUUUUUCCCCUAAAUUGACCUAAUGUUACUCAAAGUGAAACGGCCCACCCAGAAGCCAUCAGCCUUCCUGCUGAUGAACUUAUUUGUUACAAUAAUCGGGCUAAUGUUGUGGAAUUAAUGUGCCAACAGGCAAAAUGUAAUACAGUGAAGUGAAAAUUACAUUAAUGCCUUGAACUCAACUUCUGAGUUGUUGAGUCAGAGACACUGCUGAUAUAAAGUUAUAAACUGAUAUAAAGUUCAAGCUGAUUUUAACACUGUAGAUGUGGCCGGGGCUUCAGGAGCCAGUGUAAGGAUUUUUUGACAUUUUUAGCCCAGUAUGAGGAACAUACACCUCAGCAUACUGUGCAGAUAUUAGCUGCAGCCCAUUAGGCAUUUCCUCAGAG